UGUUUCGUGCCGUGGGAAAAGAACGAGGAGCUGCAGGUCGGGCUCUCUUGACCGCGUGCUAUGCAUACCCGUAAUAAUACGGCUAAGGUAACGGCGCGAGGAGGAAGAGAAGGUGCAGGAGGAGGAGGUGGAGUAGCAGCAUCAACUGCAGUGAUGGUGAAGCGCGAGUGCACCGAUGUCUUCUCGGACAUGGUAGUGUGAAGUUGCGGUAAUGGUAUUAUUACUGGUGCGCCAGUAAACUGUACAGUGGUGAUGAUACAUUGUUGUUGAUCAAUCGUAUACAGAGAAAAAGAUAUACUGCGAGCAGCUGCGGGUGUGUCGUGUGCGCGUGCAGUGUGACUCGAGUGAAAGAAGCUGCGCUCCGCAGAAAAAAAAAAAAAAAAAAAAAUAGGAGGAGGAGAAGAGCGCACGGGUCGCUGGAUGAUGAGAUCGUGACGAUCGUGUAGGACCCCUCCGAGAAGGCCAACCUACCUACCCACCCUCCCCCGUCAUUCUUCGCUCCGGGCCUUGGAAGGAGAGGCCUGCCAUUCGCGCGCACAAACACGCGGCUCUCCUUUCAGCCAUGGGAGAUAAAUCAGCGAGGGGCAGAGGAGGAGGAGGAGGCGGAUCAUCGGUUCUCCUGCCGCUGGUCCUCCUGGGCUGUUGCGCCAUCGUCCCGGCCGGACAGGCGCGCAGCAUCAACGGCCUCGAGACGCCUCGCGGCUGCAACUGGCGGCACGAGGACGACCGCUCCCAACAGACCCUCGUCUGCCGGUUGCGCUCCAUAUCGGGGGCUGCCAGCCUCGUGGGCAACAUCUCGACCCAGCAGGCCGAGAACGUCUUCUCCCUCGGCUUCGAGUGUAGCGAGGGCUUGUUCCUCGACAGCCAGCUCGAGGAGGGACCCGGAGCCACUGUUGGCCCGGCCAGCUACUUGGGCGCCCUGCCUAGGCUGGAGCGAUUGCGCCUCGAACACUGCAAGGUCCGCAACCUGCCUGGUGGGGCCUUCGCCUCGGCGCCCGGACUCCGUAAAUUGACGCUGCGGUCCCACAGCGCCGACUGGUCCUCGGCGGCUCUCGAUCUGCACAGGGAUGCGCUUCGUGGUCUGCCCGAGCUACGGGAACUCGACCUGGCCGAGAACAACGUGUGGAGCUUACCGGGGGAGUUUCUCUGUCCGAGUCCGAGUUUGGCUAGUCUCAACUUGACGCGCAACAGGUUGCAGGACGUGGCCUCGCUCGGACUCGCCGAUUGGGCCAGCGCUUGCGCCCAGAACCUGGAGGUCCUUGAUCUUAGUUCCAACGAGUUGAGUGCACUGCCGGACAACGGUUUGGCUGGUCUUCGUGCGCUCACCGCGCUGCGUGUGCAGGACAAUGCUAUCGCGGCCGUCGGAGAUCACGCGCUUGCCGGUCUCCACAAUCUCCGAUCGUUGAAUUUGUCGAGCAACCGGCUGGUGGCUCUGCCGCCCGAGCUCUUCGCAAAGAGCCGCGAACUCCGGGAACUCGUGCUGAGCAACAACUCGCUGGCCGUGCUGGCACCCGGGCUUCUGGACGGGCUAGGUAAUUAAUUUUUUAUGCUCAUUUUGUGUCGAAAAACACCUAUUCUUUUUGCAAAAAUGAACACAAGU